GUUUGACGGUGUCGUGUCCUCAUGUCAACACGUCAGUUUGUUUGCCUUUUCUAUUCCGAUUCCAAAGUCGUUCGUGCGCAAGGUAAAAGAGAAGUUAAUUAUCAAAAAGAGACGUAAACCGGAAAGGUUCCCAUCUAAAAUCAUUUCAAACUGCGUAUGACUGAAGGCACUCGGCAAAAAAACAUUGGAGGGACAAAAAAAUUAAGCGCGAUGGAAAAAUUCGCGUUGGUUUUCGUCGGCACGCUACUCGCGUGUUCCUGGGCCCAAAUCAUUGAAAUUAUACCAUUGCCGUGCACCGACAAAACUGCGGAGAAGAUCGGUCGAUUGGCGGUCACCUACAUAAACGAGGACAGGGCCGCCGGAUACAAGUUCAGCCUUAACAGAAUCACGAAUGUUCAUCUCCAUGUACAGGGUCCUGCUGGCAAGGUCUACUACCUGGACUUGGAGGUGCUGGAGACAAAAUGCCACGUCAGGAGCCCCAAACCCUGGAAGCAUUGUGACAUCAGGCCCGUCAUGGAAACGCAAACCUCUGGAAGUUGCAAUGUCACCAUCCUACAGACCUCACAAGGGCUUACAUACCUGUACAGCUAUGACUGCACCUUGGUUCCAGACGAGCCGGAGAAACUGCUGAGGACGUGCCCACACUGCCCCCUGCUGGUGCCUGUGAACGGUGCAGAGGCCCAGCGGACUGCCCAGCUUUCGCUCAGCAAAUACAACGCCCAGAGCACCAUGCCCGACCGCUUCGCUCUGCAGAACAUCACCCGGGCAUCCAUUAAGAAUACACCGGGGCAGAGCUGGUUUGCGGAGUACACCAUUCAGGAGACGGACUGUCCGGAGAAGCAGUUAGAUGCUGGACUUUGUAAGCCAGGGGGCUUGGGGGGAGAUCCUGCAGGGUUCUGUGUGGGGGCCAUUCACGGAAAGACUGACCCCGUGGUGGAGGUGUCCUGCGAAAUAUUCCUCCCACAGGAGCCUGGGGUUGCCGUGGACGGUGCCGUGCGCGAGAAGAAGGUUCCGGAAGUCUUACCUGCUCAGCAUGAAAAGAGCCCGGAAAGCCCUCCGGAAACCGCAGUUCCCCGGCCGGACCUCGACCCCAAGCCCCCAGGCCCCGCGAAGCCGCCCGCAGUUCCUAAAAACCCCAAGCCAAAGCCCUUCGUCCCUUCCAAUUUUAAGACAGUUCCCCAGGUGGCCUACCCCGAGUCGUCUAGCCUCACGCAAACAGUCGAGUCGUCCAGCGAGUCCUCGGAGUCGAUCGGCCAGUCCUCCUCCGAGGAGCUAGGGGGCGCCAUACUCAGGCCUCCCGUAAACUUUUGGUACAAGAACCAGCGCGUCAAGAGGCAGGCGCCCCUGGAUGGGAACCCCAACCACGUCCCGGUGUUCCUGUCGGUAUUCCCGGCCUCUCCGUCCCCAUUCCGAUCGUGUCCCGGCGCUCCACGCUUUUCCACUGUGUAGAUCGUGAGCUUCCAUGGCCUGGGCUCUGAUCAGACCUCAGAUAAACAACAGGGUUAUAACACUGCACAUUUAACAUUUUAACAUUUAACAUUAACAUUUAACAUUCGCAUUAAACAUUUAACAUGCUUGUAAAUAUUGUGCCUCAAAACUAGUAUGCAUUGAAAUUAUUUUCAUUUUUCCUGAAAAAUAUUAUUGAUUGCAGUAACAUUAAAGCACCCAAAUAGAAGGCCCCGGGGUGUGAAUAGUACAUAUGCUGUCUAUAUUUGUACCAAUCAAACGGCAGCAUUCUAAAUAGAAGAUGGUCCUCUUGUGGUAGUCCCCCAUGGCGACCAUGUUUUUCUUCCACCAGUUUUCUUCUAUCCAGUUUCAACAUCAUUGAACAAUAAAUAUGAAAACACACACCAAA